GCAUCCACAAGACAUCACCAAAUCAUUCACAGUAACGUGACCAAGGCCCUUGACGCAGCAACCUUCAUGAUCGAGCAAUACGAGAAGUUUCGAGAGGUCGCGAGAAUAAUUGAGGCUGGCGGUUCAAGAGAUUUAGUGAAGUACAGGCAAGCUCUAGACCGAUUGGUUGGCAUUAUCGCAUUCUUCGAGCGACACGCGGAACAAGAAGAUGCUUCGCAUGCGUUGUUCUGCGCGAAGAAGCUCAUUCAAGAAGGAAUACGGAACAUGAAAGAUGCUCUCAGAAAGGAACUGCUGGAACUGAACGAUCUUGACAUUUCCGACGACGUAAGGGGAAACGACGGGAGUUCGGUUCUUGUCUCUCGCCUUGUUGGUUUGGUCCAAGCACUGGUGAAGCUGGGCUUUGCGGAAGACUGCAUCAAGAUUUACGUGGAUGUGAGGAGAACCUGUGUUGAAGAGUUUCUACAACGUUCUCAUAUUGACUGGAAGUCCUUGAAAAUAGCUGAUCCUGCUUCUUUGAAGUGGAAGGACAUGGAAGGGAAACUUCAGACUUGGAUGCAUAUGUCAGCUGUAUUGACAAGCACAGUGAUGAGCACUGAGGGCCUCUUAGCCAUGAGAAUAUUCAAAGGCAUGGAUGUCUUGGGGGCGAGGGCUAAGACCGGAGCUUUGGCUUACAUCAUGGGAAUUCUUGUUGACACCGGGGUUACAUUCACCAUUGUUCUCAAGUCACCUGAGAAGCUGUUUGCGACUCUUGACAUGUAUGAGGCCGCAGAAGAACUUUUGACACAGGUCACACUGGAGAAAUGGGAUGACAUUGUAAAGCGAGUUUCUUCACUUAAGGAGAAGUUAUGCUUGGUGACUGUUCAAACCAUUCAUCAGCUUGAAUCAGCGAUUGAUCAUGAUGACAGCAAGCAGCUUCUGAAUGGCACAGUUCACCCUCUAACCAGCUAUGUGAUCAACUACCUGAAGUGCUGUCACGAGCGCUCUUCAGUUUUAGAGCGGAUGUUUGUGGAAGUGGAGAGGGGACCUGGUUCGUUCUCACAGCUUACCCACUCGAUACUUGAGAUGUUGCUGAAGAACUUGGAUAAGAAGUCUAAGCAGUACAAGGAUCCCGGCCUGGGAUGCGUUUUUAUGAUGAAUAACGUGCAUCACAUUGUGCACCAAAUCCAGAGGUGCGAGCUUAGCGAAGUUCUUGGGAAGGCGUGGGCUCAACAGCAAAAGAUGUCUGUUCAGCAGUCGGCUUCAGCCUACAGACGUGCUGCUUGGGGCAAGGUGUUCAGCCUAUUAUCUCUCAGUGGAGAAGCAGCUGGAGCAGUGCAAGCAGACCUGCAGUCGAUCAGCAAAGGCACUAUAAAAGAAAGACUCAAGUUGUUCAGCACCACAUUUGAGGAGCUCAUUGCGAAACAUCGGCUUUGGGCUAUUCCUGAUGUGGAGCUUCGCACAUCAGCCCAGCUUCUUGUUGGAGAACUGGCCAUCAUAGACAUAGACGAGUUUCUCAUGCUAUCAUCGUUGACCCAAAUAUGCAGAGGAAAGGCAGAAGAUAAGGCGCACGAAAAAGAUAGCGUGCUGGUGCCUCCUGCAUCACACCUGGUGGACCAGGUUGUGGAACAAGAUGUACCUGCCAGCCGUUCUGCAGCCGUUCAAGAGAAUGGCAUCUGCGAAGCCCUCCCACCAGGUGGGAUCUCUGGGAGCCUGGAUCUGCCUGGUUGUGUGCAACUCCUGCUAGCAAGUAGCUUCAACGCUCGCCCCUCCUUCGAGUUUCUGGACGUAAUCGGAGGGUUUCACGUCACCUCCCUAUUGUCACACCUCCCCGAGUGCUCUACUGCUGAACCUAACAACACCGGUAGACGACGUGCUCGAAUAGAUUCACAGCUACAGCCCUGUGGUGUGGAUGACUUGCUCCAGACUGAGGACAUGGCGGAGGCAGGAGAGGAAGGCGGAGGAGGGGGAUGGGCGUGGACCUUCCAGGAGGGGGAAGGUGAAAGAGAGGCGACAGUCAACGGCAACGCGUCGGACUUCAAGAGAGGCUCUGCGCAGAGUGGCCAGGAGGGGAGGGAUACGGGAAGGGGUACGGAGAGGGGUACGGGGAGGAGCAGGGGGAGGGGAAGGGGGAGGAGUGGCAGCCGCAGGAAGCAUCCGCGGGUGUUUCCGAGCGAGGUGGAGCUGAAGCAGGCUGCUGCUGACACGGGGGAAGGCGGAGGGGUAGGAGGAGGAGCAGGGGGAGGAGGAGGAGGAGGAGGAGGAGGCAGUAUGGGGGGAGUGAGGGGGGGCGGUCAAGAGCAAGAGAGGCUGUUACGCAUGCAACAACAGUCAGGAUCGCCUGCGGUGCAGUGGUUACCACAGCAACAGCUACAGCAGUAUCAGCUGCAGCAGCAGCAGCAGCAGCAGCAGCAGCAGCAGCAGCAGCAGCAGCAGCAGCAACAGCAGUAUCAGCAGCAGCAGCAGCAGCAGCAACAGCAGUAUCAACUGCAGCAGCAGCAGCAGCAACAGCAGCAGCAGCAGCAGCAGCAGCAGCAGCAGCAGCAGCAGCAGCAGCAGCAGCAGCAGCAGCAGCAGCAGCAGCAGCAGCAGCAGCAGCAGCAGCAGCAGCAGCAGCAGCAGCAGCAGCAGAAGCAGCAGCAGCAGCAGCAGCAGCAGCAGCAGCAGCAGCAGCAGCAGCAGCAGCAGCAGCAGCAGCAGCAGCAGCAGCAGCAGCAGCAGCAGCAGCAGCAGCAGCAGCAGCAGCAGCAGCAGCAGCAGCAGCAGCAGCAGCAACAGCAGUAUCGGCAGCAGCAGCAGCAGCAACAGCAGUAUCAGCAGCAGCAGCAGCUACAGCAACAGCAGGAGCAGCAACAGCUGCAGCGGUAUGAGCAGCAGCAACAGCAGUACAAGCAGCAGCAACAGCAGAAUCAGCAGCAGCAGCACCAGGAAGAGGAAUUGCAGCAAUUGCAGCUGAAACAGUAUCAGCAGCAGCAGCUGAUGCAGCAGCAGCACCAUCAACAACAGCAGCUGCUGCAGCAGGAGGAGCAGCAGCAGCAGCUACAGGAGAAGCAGCAGGAGCAGCAGCUGGUGAUGCAGCAGAAGCAGAAGCACUGCCGAUUCUGUGGCAAGGGAUUUGAUUCCCCUCGGGCGCUGGGAGGUCACAUGAACAUGCACAGGCGAGGCUCCGCAGCUGCUACAGCUGCUACAGCCCCUCCUUCUGCACCUGUGGUUGGCACUGCUUCUUCAUCCUUGCCUCAAUUUCCCCGUUACAUCCCACCGUCUGAACCCCAAGUUCCUUCUUCUCGCCCUCCUGCCAUGCUGCCUCCUCUGUCUCCUCUGUUUCAGCCUCCUCUGUCUCACCCCCCUCUGUCCCAACCCCCCAUUCCACAGCCCCCUCUGUCUUACCCUCCUCUGCCUCACCCUCCUCUGCUUCAGCCCCCUGUCUGGCAGUCUCCUAUAUCUCAGCCUCUAUCCGAGGGGGCUCCCAUGUGGCAGGAUUUUCAGCCUCAUGGCUCGCAGUCUCGUGCUUUCCAGCCUCAUGGUUUUCGGUUUCGUGGUUCCCAGCCUCAUGCUCUCAAGUUGCGUGAUCCGAGGGUUUCUCAGCCACAGUCAUGGCUGCAACCGCGUGGGCUGGAGCAGGGGCAGGGAGCGUGGGAGCAGCAGCAGAAGCAACUGCAACAACAGCAGCUACUGCAGCAGCUGCAGCAGCAGCAGCAGCAGCAGCAGCAGCAGCAGCAAUUGCAGCAACAGCAACAGCUGCAACAGCAGCAGCAGCAGCAGUUGUUUUCACUGCCAGGUGUUACACUUCCUGCGAUGCAGACACCUUCUCAGGUUGCAUCAUCUGGUGCUUUGGAUAUCCGCGGUGCAUUUCCUACUCCACCUGCGUCCCUUGCUCCAGCUCCUGCAGGAGUGCCCCCGCCAGCAGCAGCAUUGCCACUAGGAGCAGCACCUGUUCAAUCACAGGAGCAGCAACUGACGCUGCCGCAGCAGCAGCAGCAGCAGCAGCAGAGCCUUAAAGAGAUUUACCAGCUGAUGCAGCAACCAUGCUAUAAGCAGCUUGCUUCAGCUCUUGGAGUUGUUAGCCCCAGCCUAGCGUCUGUGACCCUCACCACUACAAGGGGCAGCGGAGCGACUAAGAUUUGGCCGCAUAACGAGCAGAACGAGCGCCUUAUCACGUUUCAGCGACUCGCAUUCUCGCUGGACUAG